CAAAGUCAUCCUCUCCUUCCGUCUUUCAAGUUUGUCCUUUAACUGAUUAAGCCCAGACUUUUUUCUUCAAAGAGAAAAUUUGAAGAAAAUCACCAUGAUUAUAAACCUCUUAUCCACUCCUCCAUGCUCAUCUUCUACUUCUUCAUUUUCUAUCAUUAAUUUCAUGAAUUCAAGAACACCCUUUUCAGAGUUUUCUUUGAGGACCAAAACCCACUUCUCAAAAUCUUUUCUUUCUUCAGUUUAUUGCUCACCCUCUUCUCCACAUUCAAGUUUUCACUGCCAGAAUCAAUUUUUAUGUCCAAAGGAGAAACGCCCACAUGGUAGGAGUAAAAUUUUGAGUACUUGUGCAGUUCCAGGACUUGAUUUUGCAGGGUUCGAGAGUGCCCAGUCAAUUCUUGUAGCAGCGGGAGUGUUAACAGCUAUAAUCAUAGUUCAUGAAAGUGGUCAUUUUUUGGCAGCUUAUCUUCAGGGCAUCCAUGUAAGUAAAUUUGCAGUUGGGUUUGGGCCAAUUUUGGCUAAAUUCAAUAAGGAUAAUGUAGAGUAUUCUGUUAGAGCAUUUCCACUUGGUGGCUUUGUUGGAUUUCCUGAUAAUGAUCCUGAUAGUGAAAUUCCAGUUGAUGAUGUAAAUUUGCUGAAAAAUAGGCCUAUUUUGGAUCGAGUGCUUGUUGUUUCAGCUGGUGUUAUAGCUAAUAUAGUGUUUGCUUAUGUUAUAAUCUUUGCACAAGUAGUAUCUGUUGGAUUGCCUGUUCAAGAGGCCUUCCCUGGGGUUCUUGUGCCUGACGUUAGGCCUUUGUCAGCAGCGUCCCGAGAUGGGAUGCUGCCAGGUGAUGUUAUUUUAGGGGUAAAUGCAAUUGGGCUUCAAAAGACAGGGCCUAAUUUGGUUGCUGACGUUGUUGAUGAGAUUAAGAAAAAUCCUAAGAAGAAGGUGUUGCUUAAGGUUGAGAGAGGAGGACAGAAUGUGGAUAUCAAUAUUACACCUGAUAUGAAUUCGGAUGGAACAGGGCGAAUUGGGGUCCAACUGUCACCCAAUGUUAGGAUUUCGAAGGUUAUACCAAGGGACACCUUUGAAGCUUUAAGUUUUUCAGGACGCGAGUUUUGGGGUCUUACAUCAAAUGUCCUGGACAGCUUAAAGCAGACUUUUCUCAACUUCUCACAAUCAGCUAGCAAGGUUUCAGGACCUGUUGCAAUUAUAGCUGUUGGUGCUGAGGUUGCAAAGUCAAAUAUAGAUGGUCUUUACCAAUUUGCAGCUGUUCUGAAUCUUAAUCUUGCAGUAAUAAACCUUCUUCCAUUGCCCGCCUUAGAUGGGGGUACCUUGGCCUUGAUCCUAAUAGAAGCAGCCAGAGGAGGGAGGAAACUGCCUUUAGAAAUAGAGCAGCGAAUUAUGUCAUCUGGCAUCACGCUUGUCAUAAUUCUUGGGAUAUUUCUUCUUGUACGGGACACAUUAAACCUUGAAUUCAUACGCGAUAUGUUGUGAUUAAUUACCUCUUGUCAUCUGGUUCAUUUCUGACUGAAUGCCAACAGAAGUUGGUCUGUGACAAGUCACUCUUUAUUAUAAGUGAGCAGAAAGAAAGCAAAAUUUAUUUCACUUAUCUCCUCCUGAGACAUUCUGCAGGAGGGAGCAGUUGGCUCCUUCUUGAUCUUGAUAAGUCUUCUGAGCAAGGAUCAUACUUAUUCGUCAUUGCAUUAGCAAAUCUUAAGCAGGGGCUAUUGAAAAUUCAUCAAAAACUACUCUACCAGAUAUUUUGUGCACAUCUGUACAAUUUCCACUCCAUGUACUUCUGCUUUCAUUGAUCACAUUUGUAUAUCAGAACUUGUCAUUAAGGCUCCUUCCAUUAGCUUGACACUUUUGCUAUAGAAUAUGAGAAUUGCCAGAACUGAAAAUUGUCAAUAUGCUGACCAUCUGUUUUUUGGUCAAUGAUGUUUUAAAUUAGAUUCUAUUUUUCUUUCGCA